GGCUGUUCGGCAGCCUGGGCCUGGGGCGGCCGCCCCCGCCCUGCGAGCCGCUGCGGCUGGACGGCGUGGGGCCCGCCGAGCUCCGGCGUUUCCUGCGACUGAUGAGUUCCGGCUUACUUAGCCACUUUUUGAAUGGAAACUAUUACACAUCUUUGUUGCCGUUCUUCUGACUUCUUCCAGUUCCACUGUCAUCUUGUUAAGAUGGAGGAGGGGGGAAGCAAACUUCAAGACACAGAUGAACAACAGAUUUAUAAAUGGCAUACUAAUGUCUUCUCUUUUUGUCUCUAGACUUGCUAAUAUUUGAGCAUUCUGUUCCAUCAUAAAUAGUAGUAAUAGCUAUCUUUUAUAUACACUUAACUCUCAGGAACUAUUUCAGAAGGAGAAAAAUGACAUGUAGUCAAUAAUGUGGAAUUCUGAAAAUGCCAAUAGCUGUGUUCAUAUCCGGUGAAAAAUACAAAUGAGAUGAUCCUAUGCAUAACUUGUUUUGAGUAACAACUUGGAGAAAAAAGUCAUCCAUCCCAGAGCAAAAGGAGUUAACAAACACUGCAUUAUAAAUAUGGGGAGUAGAGGAUGUUUGAUUUAACUGCUUUAAACUUUGUGAAACUAUAAAUGCUGGAUUGUGGAAAUUAAAAUGCUCCAUAAAGGCUUAUUUUCAGUGAACAGAGAAGACUGAGAAACUUUGAAACAAAUGAUUGUAAACCAAAGUAUAUUUCCCAAGUGGAGGGAUUAAGGGAUAUUUUCUUCUGAUUAGCCAAGCUGUUCUAACUUAAUAGAAUUUUGCUGAUAAGACCAUAUUCUCAUCUGACUUUUAGUACAGCGCCACAUUAGUCUGGUGUUGCUGCAAACAUGAGCUAAGUUAGACACUAAGCAUAAUCAGACCUCACUGAGUGAGGAAGGUGGGAGAGAGGGAAUAAGUAAGAUGCUACUUGAAGCUUGUAGUUCAGAUUUUAAGCCAUAUCCCGUAAGGAAAAAGCGUCAUGAUGACUACUUUCUUUUGGUGAAAACAGGCUCCAAACACAUGCCAAACAGUCACAACUGACAAUUUUAUCUCCUUUCCACAUACACAGAAAAAAGGAACUUUUCUUUUCUCUUCUUAGAUUUUAUUAUUAUUAUUAUUAUUUUUGAUCCAUGUUUAUAUGUAAUCUCAAUUUCAUAGGGACAGUUGAGAAGCUGAACUGUCAAGUAGCAGUAUGUUCAGUAUUUGUGUGAUAUUAAUCUCUUGCUUAGGAAAACAUUGUGUCUCAACGCCAUGGAUUUAUGCCAAAAAAAAAAGCAGAAAGCAAAUCAGAUUUAUGAGAAAAAGGCAGAAACCUUUCACUGGAACAGUGAUUGCCUAAGGGCUGGAUUCUUCUUCUGCUGAAAUGAAUAGCUUUCAUGAGGACUUUGAAAAUUGAAUCGGCAUCUGUGUGAGGCAGUGAAGCAGCUGAUGUUGCAUCUCAUGAGAAGAAAUUUACUGAAAUAUUCCUCUCAAGAAAUCAAUUAUGUUAAAGCAACCAUCUUAGCUACAAAAAUCAAGCAGGUGGCUCUUUUAGCAAAUCUGAAGGGAAAUGGAAGGAUCUUAAGUGAUUCUGGUGGGUUAGGGUUGCAUGUGUAACAUGCCUAACUUGUGCUAACAAAGAUUCACUGCUAUAGGUGUGUUGCUGAAAUAUAGCAAGUUCACCAAGGUUAAAUAUGGCACACAAAAGUAUUUGCUACAGUUGGGUUUGCUAAGGACUUCAGUACAUUUAAAUGGUGGGCAGGAGUUCAUAGACUUUCUAUAUCUUCAGUGUUAAUUAUUAGCAAAAGUUAAUAAUAGAUCUUGUUUUUAUUUUGGCAUUUUAUUGUGGUAACACAGUUUUACUGUUUUACUAAAACGGUAUCAUGGUAUUUUAACACAUGUAGAGAAGGUAUUUCAGUGCUGAUUUAGUUACUACUUUUUUGAUAUGUGCUAUACAAAGUCCCUAUUGAAAACAAUCCACAACACUUGUACAACUUGUAAUUAAAAAAUAGGAUGUAUGUUUUGUCUGUGUCCAUUUAUUUUAUUACUGUAUGCUACCUGUUCUGGGAAUCUGUACUUGUCCCUCCAUUCUAAAGUUCAUUUUUUUCCAGGACAUAUAAACUGAUGCACUGUCAGACAACAGAAACUCCCCUUUUCAUACAUGGCAGACUUCUGUACUGGCAGCUUCAUGCUAUCUAUAGUGUUUAUGAUGAUGAAAAACUUUUGAAUUAACAUUUAGUUUGUGUUGCUGGCUGGAUUUAAGAUAGAAGAAAACUCUCUCCUGGCAUCAAAGUCUCUUGUUCAAACCUGGUUUGUAAUCUCUUUACUAUAAUGUUCUGUGUGAAUCUGGGCACAUACACAACACAUGCACAAGACACGUACUGUUUAAACAGUGAGUGUAGAAGAACUCAAAAGCAUUUCUGUAGUACCACUGACGAAUAGAGUGCUUGUAUGGAUUUCUGAAAGCCCUUGGCAGGAAAGGCAUGUGUAUGUAUAAGUUGAAGACAGGUAACAGUUUCCGCCAUGUGGACUCUCGGUGAAGAAUUCUCAACUCUGACAGCAAGUCAGAUCUUCUGUAGGGAGGAUUUAAAAGGCAGAUGCCUAAGUGGUAGAGGUUUUUUUAGAGUUGGUUAACGCUUAAAUCUAGUGUUCUUUCAUCCAGGCUCACAGUUACUUUGGGACAAUAGAACUGGCUGUCCUAACAGCUUUCAGUAAAGCUUGGUGGCAACAGUGUUAAUUUCAGAGACUGUAGGUGUUUCUGGAAAUGACAUCAAAAAUACGUUCCUCAUACCUUUAGAUACAGUAUCUCAUUAAAAUAAAGCCUGCCUUUUCACCUCCCUUGCUCUUCUGCGUUCUCUCUGUGCUAGUGUUUUACGACAUUUCUGUUCGAGAUCUUGUCAAUCUUGCCAACAGUGGAUGUGGCCCACAGUAAGGAAACACCUUUUAACUUAGAUGACUAAUAGAAGUGGGCCAUAACUCAGAACUCUGUUUCAAUUCAAAUAUUAUCCUAGGAUUUUUUGUGAUCGUGUUUGUUUUUUUUUUAAUGGGUAUAAAACAUACAUAAUAUAAGGCAUAAAUAAGCCUUAUUUGUUUCUAAUCAAUAUUUCUGACUCUUUCGUUGUUUUGAGAACAGAAUUGGAUGACUGUGCUUCUGAUGAGACUGUAUGGUUUUCAAAACCAUGUGAAUUCAUGCAUCUACAAUUGAUAGUAAUAGAGAGGCCUUAAAGAGAGAUUUUUGAGAACUUAGCCUAAGUGACGUGGAAUGAGAGCUUAAUUUCAGGUUAUCUUUCAAAAAUGAAACUGUGAAUGAAAUCACUUAAUACACCAAAAUAACCUGGGAUGGGCUAUUUUAUGUUUUCCUAGUAUUUUGCAAGCUACCUGCAAAGUACCUGCUUUUCUUCAGAGUGCAUUUUGAGAUGUCUGUGUAGACUGUGUGCUGCUACACAAAUGAAAUAAUACUAAUUAUACUUUCUGUGAAGCUGAUCACAGUGAGUAUCAUCUAGUCCAGUUUCCUGAUCUUCAUUAGAUAGGUAUGUUGAAAGAACUGAAACACUGUUUUAUGUCUUCCUAGUUUGUUUAGAUGACACUGGAAACUGCUUUCCUGUAAAUACUUAGUUCAAAGCUGGUCAAGUUCAAAGACUUCCUUAAUAUCUGCUCCUGAUUUAUAGAAGAAAUUUACACCUUUAUAGAAACAUAAUCUCUUAUACUAAACCAAGAUGUCACUAAGAAUGAUGACUACUCCAGGCGGUCUGGAACGGUAAAAGCUGUUUUUGCAUGGUAAUUCUGCAUCAGGGGUCCUGGUUUCUUACAACUGUGUUUUAAAGAGAUGGAUUUAUAAUAUCAUGAAAACAUUAGAGCUCCAAGAUCCAGGCUAUGCCUUUUGCUGUCCGUAGCCUUUACUUAAACAGAAAGGCAUUUCUGUUUUGAUACUAUUUUGAUACUAGUUUAAUACUCUGUAGAAGAUGGUCUAGAAAACUUCAUUCUGCCUUUAAAAAUGAGUCCCUAAAAUAAAGGAUGUUUGCAAAGCAAUGUUUUCUGUAAUGGAUUUUAAAAAACUGCAGAAUCUUCCCUCCUGGAAAGAACAGUUAAAGGGAUUUAACUGAGAUAAUGAACAUUUCUAAAAGAUGUGCUAAAACAUUAUUGGUGUCUGUGAAGUAGAAUAAUGUAUAUGCUCCAUCAGACUUAAAAAGUAGUGAAUUUACAGUCUGUAUGAAGCAGGGCUGUCAUGUGAUACACAGAUAUUUUGCUGAGCUUUUGAAAGUAAUUAAGCCAGUAUUGUGACAAGAUUUUUAAAAUUAACCCCAUUCCAUGUCUCUUUAAAGGAAAAACAUAUUUUGAGUGGAGUAGCUUUUCAGGUCUAAAAACAAAUUACUUUGUUGUGGUUUAGCAGCAUGUCAUUUUGAUUUAUUUGCAGAUCCCUACAAACUUUCUAGUUUUGGUAAUGGUGCCACUUUUAUUGACUUAAGCCUAGUGACAGUAGAAUUGCGUUCCUGAACUUCCUUAGUAGAUCGUCUGAAAGACUGAGGAUUCCCAAAAGACUGUUGUCUCAUUGCCUAGACUAUCAGAUUCCUUAUGAAUGUGUUUUUCAGUUACUGGCAGUGAGAAAGCAGUAAUGCUAAAAUCAUGAUUUUUUGGCAAAGCAGUGUAUUUAAUUCUCAUUCUUCUUCCUCAAAGUACAAAGUCAAUUUGUACUGUCUUUACAUGUUGAAUAUGCCACAGAUCCCAAACAAAGAAAAGAUAAAUAAAUAAAGUCCCAAUGUAAAUUUAACCUAACAUAUUAAGAAUGGCAGUUUACUUUCAAUAAACCCAUACUAGGAACCUUCCUGCAGUUUGUCACAUUCAGUGUAUGUUACCAGUUUAUUGCUGCUUUAACUGUAGCAUUUGUUUACAUCUGCUAAAAAUGCAGGGAGAAAGUUGGAAUGAUGGGGUUUUUUGUCAAGUCAUGGCUGUAAGUGGCAUGUGACUAAGGGAUGUUUCCUGGAGGAUCUAACACAGACAACCAACCUGAAGAUGCAGAAAACUAAACUUUAGCUAAUUCCUUGGAAUUCUGAGAAUUCUAGGUUAUUUGGAGUUCUCCUCCGAAUUUCUGCUCCUGAGUCCUACUGCAAUAGAACUGUAAAAUACAGAUGGUAAGCACUGAGAAACAUAGUCAAGUGGGAAAGUGUGGAAGUCAUAGUCUUAAAUUUUCUAAAGAAUUGCAGCAUCUCUGCUCCAGCAGGCAACCUGUUGUCCUGUUCUUGGUAGUCUGGCUAGUUAUUACUUGUCUUUCUCUGAUGUCUCAUGCUAUGCUUAUGUUGGGUUGUAAAGCACUGUAAAUCGGGAACGCAAUAGAGGAUCAGGCCAAGUUCACAGGUUAGAAGUUUUACAAGCACAUUUAUGUACAACAGUCUCAAAAAUCUAUGUAAAGGGUAGCAGGGACACCAACCUUACUAUUUCAACGUGAAAUUUCAUUCCUCCUAUUUACACAUAUUCCUGGCCCUUGCUUUCUAAAUCUAGCAAAGUAUCAAAACUCCCACUUCCUCAAGCAUCCUCACAGCUUCUUGUAAUUCAUCUGUUGGUGAGGACCCUUAUCACAUUACACAAAAGAAACCUACCUAACUCAAUCCUUUAAAUACAGGAUGGAAGAAGGAAGGUUACUUCUUUGUAUCUUUUCUCUGUCCCUUUAGAGGACAAUGUUCAAAUAGCAUGUUCAAGUUACUGUGUCCCCAGUCUUAACAAUAAAUCCUCUUUGCCAUGGAAUAAGUGACUAAAUACAAAUGUGUAAGUAUAUGUCUGCUAAAUUCAGAGUAACUGUAGCUCUUCUGUUAAAUUUUAACUUCAUCUGUCUGGUAUGAAACCACUGAUUAAACGUGUUAUGCAUUCACAAUCACUUUUUAAGGCUCCAUUAAGUUGCUGAAGUGCAGUAUCUUUCUGUAAAUAUGAGAUCUCUGCAGUCGCAGACUGCGGGCUUUGUUAGCCUUUCCAGAUCUUGAUCCAAAAAUAAGCUGGUGAAACAGAUGGGAAAGUGGGAAGCUGGAAUUACUAAAUGGAGAAAAUGAAAGCUUUUGGGUAAUCUUGACUGCAAAUUUUCAUGCUUUCAAGCAUUUAAUUUCUUUUGAAAUUGAAAUUUAAAUCUCAAAAUUUUCCUACGGCUCUGUAUUUGUAAUUUUGAUGUUAGAAGCUUUUUACAAUUUGUUUUUGUAAAUUUGAUGAUGAUAUUAAAAGACAAUCAAAUGCUUUUUCUUGGUCAUACUAAGAUUUAUAAAUCAGUGAGCUGUUGUUAACAAAACAAAGGGUUUGAUUCUGCUGUUGCCAGUAGAUGUUUAUAACAGAUGGGCAAUACAGAGCAGACAAAAAUUUUAUUAAAUAAAAAAAGUUAAGUGAGAGAGGGAAACUUUGUUCCUUGCAACCUGAUAAUAAAUUUUAUUUGUUAGAAUAUGCUAGUGCUGCUUUUUGAAUGAUUACAGAAAUAUUUCUUGUUUGCUUUCACAGAGACACAGAGACACUCUUUAAAGAAUUUUAUUAUUAUUAUUAUUAAGCUCUGUCAUCACUGUACAGUCCAGCUGUUGUUUUCUGUUCAUGAACCUUGUUAAACAAAAAAUAUGUUGUCAUUUUGAGCUGGAUCUUUUGUUUUGGUCAAUUAAAAACUACAGGAGUAAACUUAGUGUCAUCUUCUAGGCUUGUAUAUUCAUCUGAUAUAAAUCUUAAAGAAGCUGAAGAACUAGCAAUGAUGAAAAAAGUACUGGGACCCAAAUUAAUACAAGAAAACGAGAUUGCUACUCUUCAGAACACUCAGAUAACAAAUGUAAAUUGUCUUGGAGAUGAAAAAACAACAACUAUUAAGCAGAAUUCUCUAAGUGGAGCUAUGCCAAAAGAAGUUGCUUGUUCACCUUGUAUUGAAGAACAAAUUCCAGGAGUUGAUGCAGAAAGCAAGAAAGCUAUGGCAGGUAAUUCCAAGCUAGAAGCUGCAUCUGUAUUAGGAGAAGACUUAAUGAUGCUCUACAAGAAGUGUUGUUGUGCAGAUAUUACUAUUUGCAUAGAAGGCAAAGAGUUUCAAGCUCACAGGGCCAUUUUAUGUGCCAGAUCUAGUUACUUUGCUGCUAUGCUGAGUGGAAGUUGGGCUGAAAGCUCCCAAGAGCACAUCACUCUUCAAGGCAUAAACCAUAUAGAAAUGAGUGUCAUCUUGCAUUUUAUAUAUGGAGGUAUUCUGGACUUUCCAGACAAAGUCGAUGUUGGUCGCAUAUUGGGCAUUGCAGAUAUGUAUGGGCUAGAUGGACUGAAAGAAGUAGCUAUCUACAUAUUGAAAAGAGAUUACUGCAAUUUUUUCCAAAAGCCUGUUCCUGGAAAACAGCAACCUGUACUAGAAUGCAUGGCUAUUGCUCAUUCAUUGGGAGUGGAAAACCUAUACGCUGCUUGCAUGAAAUGGGUACAAAAACAUUUUGCAAAGUGUUUGUCAGAGAGAAGCUUUGCCAGUUUACCUGCUGAACUUCAGAACAACUGUCUUGUUAUGUUGAUUCAGUCUUUGAACCACAAGAAUGCUCCUUUCCUUUUGAUGGAAAGUGAUCGGCUGAUCAGUAGUCUUCCUCAAGUGAAAUGGACUGAGACAGCUUUUGCCUUGGCAUCUAGGCUACAAGAAGAAUGCAUAACAUUUAUUGUGGCAAACUUUCUACAUAUAGUACAAAGUGAAGGCUUUUAUAUUUUGUUGGAGGCACAGGCAAUGAGCAGCAAACCUGACCUUCUAGAACUAAUUUUUAAUGCAAUUGAAAGAAGUAUUAAUACUGAAAAUAGCUGCUUGCUUCUUGUAGCUGUGGAUAUGUUGUUGAACUCCACAAAUGUGAAGGAGAUGGGUUUUACGUGCAAGAUCCAGGCUCUGCGUGAUAAGCUCUGGGUCUUCCUGGUUCAGUCCUUUUAUGCUGUUCGUCACACAGAAAGCUGGAAGCUGAUGAGGCCAGACCAUCAACAAAAAAUAGAGGCAGCGGCUUUUGACAAGGGUGAUGAUAGAAGACUUGGCAAAAAACCUGUAUUCACUAGUUCUCAGCUAAACAAAUCCAUUAGUGAAUCAGUCGGUAUAAAGAAUACAUCCUGGACAGAACAAAGCAGGAAAGAUUGCUGGGGUGAUACUUCCACUAAUCAGGAUAAAAUGAAAUCUGAUGGAUUAGGAGCAUCUGGACAUACAUCAAGCACCAAUAGAAAUGCUGCUAAUAAGGCUUCAAAGAAUGAGGAUGUAAAGGGGAAAGAUGGCAAAAAAACAGCUUCCAAGAUUACUAAAGAUUCAAAACCUGGAGAAAAAGUUGCUUCACCAAAGGCUAGAGCUGUUAUAAAGCCAAAAACAGAAAAUAAUGGAAACGCAAAAGCUGAAAGCAUGCUUACCAAGCAAGAUGUUGAAAAGACAUCAUCUGCAAGUGGACAGAAAAAUUCAGGAAGUGGCAAAGGACUAAAGAACCAAGAAGGAAAAAUUGCAGGUGCCAGACCUAAAGUGCUGACUGGAACCUCAAGCGUGCAGAUCAAAACAAAGCCAUUGAGAAAAAACACAGGAAAGGAAUCUCCCUGCUCCGUAACUGGGGCAGGAACUUCCAGCAAAUCAACAAAUUCAAGCAUGGUGGAUAUCCAGACUGCCAGUGAACAGACAGAAGAACUCAAAGAGGAUAAAUUGGUAGAAGAAGAAAAAAAAUAUACUGUGAAAACAAAGUCUUCUUUGAAGACAUCAAAUGGACUCACCAACAAAAAAAAAAAGACUGAGCUUGAGGCUAAUGUUGCAGCAAGCAGUGUGACAAAAAAAUCAACUGGAAAAGGGUGUAAUGAACAAAACGUACAAGCUGUUCUGAAGAAAAAAGGGACUGUGAGUAGCAAUUCUGCAACUCAGCCAAAGGCACAGAACACACCUACCAAUUCUCCCAAAAACCGAGGAUCUCAGGGGGAAUCACCAAAUUCACUGAAAUCAGGAAUGUCUCCAAAACAAAAUGAAGAAAAAUAUGUGAUACAACAUCUGAUUCAGACAACAGUUUCAGACAAACAUCCUUCAACUAAGAAAAAGAGUGUUAAGCAGUUGCAAACGCCUGUAGCAAAAGCCACUGCAAAAAUAGUAACACCUAAAACUCCGGCUCAGUCAAAGCACGGUGAGAGUACGAACAAUAAAGACCCAAAACUGAAAACAGCUGGGCAAUCUGUAUUAAAAUCACAGUCCUCUGCCCAAAGACAUUCAAGAAGUGAAUCUCCUGUCGUCCAGAAAACUACACACACCUCUGAGCACAGAACUUCAGGACAGAAACUUGAAAAACAUAUGGCUGAUGCUGUGGCAGUUCAGCUUCAUGACAGUAACGAAUGCAGUUCUGCAAAGCAAAAUGAAUGUCUGAACUCUUUGAUGAAAGAUAGCAAAGAAGAUAUUCUCUCGGAAUCCUGUCAACAUGAUAAACAAAAAUUACUGAAUCCUCCUGAAUCUUCUCCUCUAAUUAUCGAACAAACUAUUCCUAAAACGAAUGUUUCAGUCCAAAAUGAAAUGGAAGCAAAACAAAUCUGUGGAGAUGCAACUGAAAUGAAACAGCUUAAAGAUGCAAGGAAAGAUGGUAAUAUUGCUGAAUUUCACUGUCACGCACAGUCUACUAGUGAUGGAUACUCAGACUUUUCCAAGGAAACCAAUCAAAAGGCUACUGCUUCAGGAGAAAGGAUGAAACACUCAGAAGCAACGAAAGUCUGUGCUGAACAAAGUAAUACAUUAAACACAGAAAUAAGUCUUAACUAUGGUGAAAAUAUUGUACCAAGCUUUUCUAAAAGGAUAUCCAAUAAAGAGGAUGAAAUAUCAUCUCAAAUUCAUAAGGAGGGAUUUCUGACAGCCGAUGAGUCAUGUGAUAGAUCAGCCUUGACUGAAUACAAAUCAAUUACAGUAGAUUUAGAUGAUGUUUCAAAAUGUGCUACAGAACAAGCAACAGAAAAAUGUUCACCUAAUUACAUAGAGCCUAUAGAUGCUACAGAAAUGCCAGAAAACCACGAAAAUGCAGAAAUUCCCUUUGUGGACCACUGGAGUACAGGGGCACUCGAUCCAAAAGAGAGUCCUGAAUCAGAUACUGGCAGUGCAACCACAUCCUCUGAUGACAUAAAACCAAGAUCAGAAGAUUAUGAUGCUGGAGGCUCUCAGGAUGAUGAAGGAUCCAAUGAAAGAGGGAUUUCCAAAUGCAGCACUAUGUUAUGCCAUGAUUUUCUUGGAAGAAGCAGCAGUGACACAAGUACACCUGAGGAAUUAAAAAUUUAUGACAGCAGCCUAAGAAUAGAAGUGAAAAUGAAAAAAGAGGGUUCUGAUCUAUUCCGUAUUAAUUCAACAAGCGAUGAUGAAAUACCAAGAAAAAGAUCUGAAAUCUGGUCACAUCAAGAAAGUGCAAGAAGGACCAAUACUAAAGAAAAUGAAAGUUCUACUUUUGGCAAUGCACAGUUUACUCAGGAAACAGACCAAGUUUCUUCUUCUGCUGAUGAAACAGAAGAUGACAGAUCUGAAGCAGAAAAUGUUGCAGAAAACUGUCCUCCAUCAGAUGUUCCUACUCAACAGUUCCAAGGAAUUGAUAAUUUAGCCUUUGAAGAUGGAACAGAAAAUAAUACUGCAAGUCAAGAGUUUUCUAAAACUAAAAAUUUCAAACGAUCUGUUUUACUUUCAGUAGAUGAAUGUGAAGAAUUGGGAUCAGAUGAUAGAGUGGAAGCUCGUACAUCACGUCAGCAUUCAAUAGAUUCUCUUACUCCUUCAGAUGUAUUUGACAGUGUUUCUCAUGAGCAUCACGGAACAACUUUUUAUUCAAGAUACUCACUGGAAAUUGAAGAUGGAUUCCUGGACUGCAAACAGCAUAAGGACAGAGACAAUAGACUGGAUAAGAGUGAAAGUUCUCUUCUUUGUGACACUGAAAUCCUAGGAAAGGAGAACCAAGGUGCUUCAAUGACUGAACACAACUGUCCAGAGAAGGUAUACUCUGCAGCUAGUCUGUGUCCACCAGCAGAGAAGCAAAAAGUAAAUAUGAAGAAUGAAGUGGCUAGUGAAUUUCAACAGUGCAAUAAAUACUUAGACAAUGAUGCAAAAUCUCAAGAAAGACCAUGUCAUCUGGAUCUUCAUCACAGAGAUGCUAAUUCUGAUAUGCAAAAGAGCAGCUCUGCAAAACCUGUAGAACCUGAUAAGAAUCAGUUACUGACUCAGGAAGGUCAAGUGAGAGACAGUCAACCAGCAACUACUGAAUACGCUAAUACUGAUUUACUUCCAGGAGACAUAGAUGAUUAUGACACAAUGGCACAAACCUGCAUGUAUGAACAUCGACCUUCAAAAACCCUUUCUCCAAUAUAUGAGAUGGAUGUUGGAGAAGCAAUUGAGCAGAGGAUGGAUUCGGAAACAGAAGUUCUAGAUGUGGAUUUUGAAGAUCAGCAAUUUGCAGAACAGGAUUGGACUCUUCUCAGGCAAUUACUAUCUGAGCAGGACUCAAAUUUAGGUUUCAAAAACUCUGUUCCUGAAGACCUUAACUUAGCACAAUGUCUUAUCAACCAGACACUGUUUCUGGCACGAGAUGGUUCGAAUCCUCAGGGUACAUCACAAGUUGACACUUUCAGUAGGUGGACUGAAAUAAUGUCUCCACUUGAUGAUUCUUCAGCAAGCAUUACAGUGGCAAGCUUUUCAUCUGAAGACUGUUCUUCUCCUCAAGGGGAAUGGACAAUUCUUGAACUGGAAACCCAUCAUUAAGGUGAUCAAAUGUUUGCAACUGGACUCCAACCCAUUCCCCAAAUCUAUUUUUGAUGCGUUGUUUCCAUACAAUAAUGAAAUACUGCAUCAGUCAAGAACAAGCAAUUCUUGAUACUGAGGCAAUCUUUCUGAUUAAGGAGGUAAAUACAUUAAUUUAUAACCUAGAUUUAAUCACAAGUACAAUAAUUUUUCAAGGCUUAAAUGUAUGUCUUUUUCUAAAAUCAACUUUAAGCAUGUAUUUUCUAGACUUGUUAGAAAAAAACAGAUGACAUGACAGAAAAAUCUAGGUUUCUCCUCUCCCUUUUAUACUCCUUUCUGCCAUUUAAUAUUCUCAUUGAGCAAGAAUUUAAAGAUGACUGCACAACUAGCAGAGCUAUUCCCCUCCUUUUUUUCUCUAUAUGGUGACUUGAUUUUACAACAAUAAAGAUUUAGAACAGUUGUGUCAAAAGGUGAUGUGUGCCAAUGCUGCUUUAAAUAAUAGAAAAGCAUACUUGUGUUUACAGAAAAUGUUUGAAUAUGAAUCUGCUUUGGGCUUUAUUAAUAUGAGCAGCUUGUUCCAUCUGUUUCUUCCAGAUUUGAUUUUUGUAUUUUUGUUUUUUGUUUAGAAGUUUCCAAUAAAUUUUUUAAUUUGUCUUUUGUUCAAAUACAAAAUUUCAGAGGGUCUGCGUUCUAGGAAGGGCACUGUUUCUUUCUUGGAAACACACAUGUUUAAAUGAUAUUUUUAAUGACUUAGUGCAUGUAUUCAGAGGAGUUGGUAGGAUACUGAUCCUGUUCUAAAAAUAAUGUGUCUUGUAUCUCCAAAGGUAUAUUUCAUUCUGAAGUGCUGACAGAAAAAAUCUGGUCACUGUUACAUCAGAAGUCUGACUUGCAUGAGAAGUACCUUUGGGCUUCAAUUCACUACACCUGCACUCUUUUGAGACUGAGGCAUGGCUAAAUUCUCAUGGAUUGUUUUGUUUAUUCUCACAUGCUGCAUUUUUUAAGGGUAACAGGAUUUUUCUGUCUUUGCAGCUUCAUUAGUAUCUCUCAAGUGUAGCUUUUAUAUGGAGACUAAAUGUCAACAUAACUGUUUUUCUGACUAAGGAGAGUAAAAUAGAAAAUACUUCUCCACACUGCUCAUUCUGCUGUUUCUGGCUAUUAAGUUGGGUGUGGACAGGACUGUUUGACAUGACAGAGGGAGGAGGGAAGUUGGAAAAUAUUUAUAAUUCUUAUCAAGUCAAAACUCCUCCUGAAACAUUCAGGGUUUUUUUCCCCACAGAGAUUAGGCCCUCUAAGAUACCUGCAUUAUGGAAACAGUAAACCUUGUCUUCCACGCAGCUAUAGAGGAAGUGUUCUGCCUCCUCUUAGUCAUUAACAGGAGCAGCGCCUUCAAAAGUGGGUGAUGUAUGGCAGCAAAAAGUUACUUUUUUUGUUAAAACUAUCUAUUUAAGAUAAGUGCCCACUUAAGCUGGCCAUAAUCACAGAUAAUAUGAUCAGUUUUGCAAGCUUUUGCACAAUUCUGACAGUGCCCUUAUUUUUGUUUAUAAACUUCAUUUAUUUUGUUCAUAGUCAGAAAUUCUCAGUUGUGUUGAAAUAUAAAAUUGCCCUACUGCACAACAAAUUUAUCACCUGUCUUAUUUUUGGACUUGACAUGAUAAGGAGAUCUCAUGCAAAACAUUUACUCAAAGUUACUCAAGAAAGCCACUUCAUUGAUCACAUAUAGAAGUAAAAGUGAUGUUUUAUUUCCUCCAAAUUAAUGGAGGAGACAUAUGAAGACAAAAAAAAAAAAGAAGGGCUUCCUUUCUCUUUAUGUUUGUGAAGAGGAAGGAGUCAGAACCCAUGGAAGAGGAAUACUCAGUCUCAGAAGAAAGAUCUUUCUCCUACUCCUUCAGCUUUUAGCAGCAUAAACAGCCUGUGAUAUUAUAAUUCAAAAUAUUUAAAAUGUAAUAGGCUAUAUUUACCCCAGUCUCCAUAUGGGGCGGAGUUGGAUGCACUUUUAGAAGUGUAAAUUCAUCAAAAGAACUUGUCUUUUACCUUCAAGUUUAGCAGGUGUGCAGAUGGUGGACAAUCUUAUGGAUAAAUGAAAGAACUAUAGUAUUGGUAAUAGCUAAAGACAAAACUCUAGAGAAGCUCUUAAAGAAGGGAGGGGAAAUGGGUUUUUCUCCUUAAUUUCUGUGUAGAAGACUAAAGUAAAAGAGAUGUUUAAACUCAAGUUUAAUGAACUUUAAAAUCCUGGUUGAUGAUAGUCAGGUAGUGGAUAUUCAUACCUAAACAAGAUGAAAUGAAAGAAGAAAAUAAAAGAUUAGAAAGAGUGACAAAGUGGGAAAAAAAAGAUCUCUUUUUGUCUGUUUUUUUGUUUUACCCAUACUUUUGAGUUCUAUUUUAAUUUAAAAAGUAACACUGAAAUGUGGCACAUGGAGCUCCAUGUUUAUGUCAGAAAAAAUACAAUCAGCUAUAGGAUUUUAAUUGUUUAUUUACUUUACUGGUUGUAAUAUGAAAACUAAACCAGAUUCUUUCCUCAAGUCCGCACUGAUGUUGUUGCAUUUCCUUUAAUAGCUUUGCACUAGAGCAGAUGAUUAGGAUUUGGUGUAUUGUUCAGUUGAUAUGUAUGCAAAAACAGAAUUCAGCUUCCCAUAGCUACACAGUCUCCGUAGAAGCAGCAGACAUAGAAAACGGUAUUGUUUUUAAUUUGCGUUACCAGAGUGUCUGUGAGCCUUAAGCAGACCAGUGUCCCACAGGCUAGACUGUACAAACACAGAACAAAAACAAAGACUUCCCACGGAGUGGUUACAAUCCAAGUUAAGACAAAAGAUAAAAAACACUGAUAGAAAAGCAAAAUGAGAGAGAAUCAAUAUCUGUCUAGCUAAUUAGCAAUGGUUUCAGCACAUCAUCAGUUUAAAUACUGUCACUUUUUUCUCUGUAUGCUUUAUGGCAAGGCAAAAUCAAAGGGUGAGAUUUGGAGGCUGGAUAAUGAGGGAGCUUGUAAGGAUCUAUAUUCCUGAGCAGCCCUGCAUGCCAUCUAAACACUGUCUGUUUGACCUUGUUUAGUAGUCCCUCUUCGUUCAGAAGGACAUACAAGCUCUAAGCAAGUGUAGGUGGCUAUCUGUUAAAUAGAACCUGAGUUCCCUGGAGUCUUGGUCAUGACUCCUGACAGGGAUUUUGUGAGUGUUUAUUGGUCCCUUCUCCAAAAUAUGAGAGAAUAGGCAAAGGUUUCUUUGAAAGCUUAAUAUGCAAACAAUUGAAGGUGGUGUCAUGGGCACUAAGUGAAUAGUGAGUAAGAGGUCCUGAAUGACCUUUAAAGUAAAGACAAGGUAUGUACUCCUAAUGAAACAGUGAAAGGGAACUGGUGAAGAGAUGGCAUAGUUAAAAUAACGCUUAAGAAUUCAUCUUUGCAGUAGUACUUUGAAUAAGAGCAGUAAAAUUGCUUUUGAGAAAAGAACGUUGCAGUCCACAGUGAUACUGACAGCAUACAUGAGAGAUUCAGCUAGGUAAAUGGAUAAACAAGUCUGCAUCUUACAGGAUAUAAAGAAAGAAUCAGAACAAUUCAGAGGAGAGGACUCAAAUCUGAGUUGAAGAUAAUGAUCCUGCUGUUUUCUACAUUGAAAGACAUGUUACUAAAGUGAAGAAUAUGGAGGGAUGUUUUAAACGUACUGACUUAAAGAUAGGCUAGACCUCCACAAGCUGAUGUUCAUAGGCAAAAUAAAUUUUUUUGCUUGAAAAGGAGGAGUCUGGUCUGGAUUAGAGAAGCAGCUCUCCAGAUUUUUCACAUAGAGGUGGUAGCUAAAAUUGUAUUUGUGGAAUAAAUUACCAACAGAUGUAUUGCAGAGAGAAAAGAGAAAGGAACUGAGGCCAGAGCGUUUAGACCCCUACAGAAAACUGAGGAAACUGGAGGUUCUUCCAAAGCAUCAGCUAAAAAACAAUGACAAAAGCUAAGUAAAUAAGCAAAGAUGGUGAAGGGAAUCAAAUGAGGAUGGCAAGAUUUCAAAAAAAGCACUGCUGGCUUUGUCGAAGAUGGCUCACAAGGCCAGAUGAGGAUAAAGUACCAGUUCUGAGGCAAGUUAAGAAAACGUUCUUAGCGACUGUGAUUGAAGUGAGAUUCUGGCUUCUUUAGAAUGAAAGGAAGGCAGAUACCAAUUUGGAAGAGUAUAUGAAAGGAAAGAAACUGAGCUUAAAGAUGAAAGAGAUAGGCAACAGUUAGAAAAGCAUGUUGGUUCAGUAUAUUUUGUCUUGUUUUUCUAAGGCAUGAGAUAUACCGUAUUUAUACUGUGUAGCAAAAGGAAUGAGGAGAGUGAGACCUAAAGUGAACAUCCAGAGAAAGGAGUGAGUAUGCAUGAAUGCGAUCAGCAAGCACUGAUAGUGGUACUGCAGAGAGGAUGAAGAGACAAAUACCUGCUUUUGUGGAAGGGUAGUGGAAAGGACACUCCAUACAUUUAUCAUUUUUCUCUUGUAAAAACUUGCUGUAGAAUCAGAAAAAUCAAAGAAUCACAGACAAAUUUAGGCUGGAAGGGACCUCUGGAAGUCUCUAGUCCAGCCUCCUGCUGAAAACAGGGCUAACUUCAAAGUUAGAUCAGUUGCUAGGGCCUUGUCAGGGCCUGUAGCAUAUGGAAUGGUAAUAAAGUCAGUAGACAGGAAUAUCAUGCUCACAGGAAAUCGGUAUUUGAGAUAAAAAGAUUCUCAUUAUAAUAAAAUAACUGGAUGUUGUUGGGAAAGAUAACAUUAAUCAUGAAGUACAAGAAAUAUGGCUUGCUUGCAAUAUUUUCGAGUUCUGGAUGGUACGUGACUUGACUGUACAUCUUUAAUAAUCUUGGUCCAACAUUUUACAUUUUAAAUUUUUAAAUCUGUUUCAAAAUUACUUUGAAUUUUUUAAUUUGUGUAUCUUAUCGUUAUUUUGGAGGAACUAGCAGGCAAGGGAACUUCCCAUGUUUCUCACACAAAGACUGUCUAUAGGAUUGGUUCCCUUAACAUUGUCUAUCUCAAUUUCUUUCAGAGAAUAUGUACACAAAAGUAAUGCUCCUGUUCUAAGAACAGAUUGCCAAGAGACUAUUUUAAAACCGUGAAUAUAUGUUACUGCCAUCUGGAAGAUAAUUACUAGCAUGCUUAUUCUACUUUGUUCCAGAAAAUCCAAACCUUUGCAUGAGGAAUUAAGAACUGCUAUUAUGUUGUUCAUCUGUUGCCCAGAACCAGGGCAUUUAAGAAUUAGUAAUUUUGCUUCUGCUAAUGUCAAAGGAAAAACUCCUGUCAACCUCAGCUGAAGCAGGUUCAGGGCCUACCUAUAUUAAAUGCAUGUACUAGAAAUGCUGUUUUUCCAAUAUACACAUUUCAUAGUUCUCUAAGUUUUACUCUACUAACUUAUAAUAUUGUACAAUUAUAGAUGUGAAAAAUUGCAGCUAGAAAGACUUCAAUUUAAGAGUCAUAACUGUGUGCAUUCUGUUAAUAUUUCAUGACGGAGGUGAUUAACAGCUGUACAUUGAUAGAUGACGUUCUUUCCAGGACCAAGCAGGAACUGAGGACAAAAGAUAGAAUCAGACGUAGAAGCUCUGUUAAAACAGAUAUUUCAUGGAAAGGGGCUUUUAAAUUUGAAAUCCACUAUACUUAGAUUUUUAUCUCUUGCAGAAAAUCCAUAAUUUUUUCAGGCACGUUUCUUGAACACAAGCUAUGUAUGCUAUUUUUGACAAAUAAGCUUCAGUAUGUUCCAUUUUGGAAAAAAUCCAAGCUAAAAUCUUUUCUUUGCCUAAUUUAAAACGAAGUUUCCUAUCAGCAACUACAGCAUGUAUUUAAGGGAACUAAACCCGUGACAGUGGAAAAUUAUUUAUCUAAAAUGUGGCUAUUGACUGGGGAAAAAAAUUGUUUUCCGUAACAACUUUUUUAUACCUUUGAUAACUAAUAAGUGAAGAACCACACACACACACAAAUCUGUUUAUUUUUUGCAUUUGACCAUCCUUUUAUACUUUGCUUCACAAUUACACAGAAUAGUCAAUUAAGCAACAGUUCUGCAAACAUGAGUGAAUCUGCUUAAACAUUUGCAAGUUGGCUUUCAGGUUAACAUUCACUUCUCAGGCUAAUGGAACGGGCAUUGGGGGCAGGCAUUGUGCAUACUUGUGUUUUUAUAUAGUACUCAACUUAAUGAGGUUCUAAUCCUGAUGAACCAUCUGGAUACAGUUAGAGUAUGAAAUAAUUAAUAAUGGAAUUCCAUUAAGUUGCUAUCCUGCUCUCCUUGAUUUAUUGCUGAUGUUCCCAGCUCAGAAGAUAGUUCCAUUAGUGAAAUCAAAGCCCUGAGAAACAUAACUUUUUGCAUUAUGUACAGCAAAAGACCUUUUGCUACUGCACUGUUAAAUAUGAAUACUGAUGUACAGAUCUUGAAUAACCGAAGCCUCAAUUUUGGGGGGAGGGGAUGGGGAAGGGAAGACUAUACAUCGAAACUAGACACAGUUAACUAGGACAUUAGUAAUCAAAAUACUUUUUGUAUGUUAAAAGAGACUGAAGUGGAAUGGAGCGAGUGUAUGCGCUGUCUAGUGGAUCUGAACGGAAGCUCACACAUACAAGUUCUGAACUGGAUGGCAGGUACUCACCUCCAAAGCAGCUGCACGGUUGCAGCUGUGGGAGACUGAGCCCAAUGACACAGUCCGUCAGGUCUUACAUACAGGCAUACAAGUCAAAGCGAGUGACUUUUUGAAAAGUACUGAACUUCCUCAGCUCCCA